GCUGCCAUCAGUGAAAGUCAAAGACAGAGUUUAUUGAAGGACAGUGAGAAGAUGAGUGAUCCAGAACCCUGCAGAAUUAAACAGGAAGAGACUGAAGAACUAAUCGAGGUGGUGGUGAAGGAGGAGAGUGAAGAACUGAGUGAAGAUGAGGAGAAACAUCAUGUCAAAACUGAAACUGAAACUCACACAAAAACCGAACAUGUUUUUUUAACGGAAACAACAGAUGUGAAUGGAUUCACCUGCACUCAGUGUGGAAAGAGUUACAGCCGCAAAUGCGCUCUUAAGCUUCACAUGAGGAUCCACACUGGAGAGAAACCAUUCAAGUGUUCACACUGCGACAUGAGCUUCUUUUGUUCAGGAUAUCUGAAAACACACGAGAUGACCCACACCGGAGAGAAACCAUUCAUGUGCGCUCAGUGUGGGAAGAGUUACAGCCACAAAAACAAUCUCAAGCUUCACAUGAGGAGCCACACUGGAGAGAAACCAUUCAAGUGUUCACACUGCGAGAGGAGGUUUAGUAACUCAGGACACCUGAAACACCACAGAAUGAUUCACACAGGAGAGAAACCGUUCACAUGUGCUCAGUGUGGAAAGAGUUUUACUCGACAGUCGUGUUUAUCGCAACAUCAGCAGAUCCACACUGGUGUGAGUAAAAAUGUCUGCAUUUUGUGUCAGAAGUCUUUUAUUAGAGCUGGAAACUUGAAACAGCACCAGAUGACUCACACAGGAGAGAAACCGUACACGUGUUCACACUGCGACAAGAGCUUCAGCCAGUUAAAAGUGUUGAAAAUACAUGAGCGGAUUCACACUGGAGAGAAACCGUUCACAUGCACUCAGUGUGGGAAGAGCUUCACACAAUCAUCACACUUUAAUCGACACAUGCUGAUCCACACCGGAGAGAAAACGCACAUAUGUAACCAAUGCAGCAAGACAUUUUUGAGGCCUUGCGAGCUGAAGAGACAUCUUAGAGUUCAUUCAAAGAAGAGGCCUUGCUCUGUAAGAAAGCAACGAAAUCCUUCAUGAAAACUCGCCGUUGUAUUCACAAACAUCAGAUUCAAUGCUUAAAGGUGUGUAUGUUAAUGAAUUCAAAUCAUUUGUAUAAAGGUCACACGUUCAGCUCGGUUACAAUUAGCAUAAAUCUCGCGUAUACAGCAA